AUGAAGCUGCAAUAUAACGACCCCUGGGUAGAGCUUGCAAGAUCCAGAACCACGAAAACCAGACUAAGAUGUUUAUCCAAUAAAUCUGACUAAUGUAGCAACUUUUCUGAAUUUUCACCUCAUGGACUGAAGAGAUCCACAAAACAUCCAAAUUUAUCCACAGAUGAAAUAACUAAAUGGGCAGAUUCAUUUGAUGUACUUCUGUCAAACAAGUAUGGUUUAGCAAUGUUCAGAGCGUUGCUCAAAACUGAGUUCAGUGAUGAAAACAUUGAGUUCUGGCUAACUUGUAAAGACUACAAAAAGAUCAAAUCACCUGUGAAGCUGGUGUCCAAAGCCAACAAAAUCUACAAGGAAUUCAUUGAUGUUCAAGCACCCAGAGAGGUUAAUAUAGACUUCAGGACCAGGCAAGAGACCAGACAGAAGCUUCUGGAGCCAACCUUUUCCAGUCUUAAUGAGGUUCAAGUCAGGGUGUACAGCCUAAUGGAGAAAGACUCCUACCCAUGGUUUCUGCGAUCAAAAAUCUACCAGGAUCUUCUGAACAGAACACAGAUGCAAUGCCAGAGGAAGUCCUUUUAA